AUGAAGGUCUUGAAAUUUGGAGAGCGACCUCAACCGAAACGGCUCACCAGGGAAGCAAUGCGAAAUUACCUAAAGGAGCGAGGGGAUCAAACUGUGCUAAUACUCCACGCAAAAGUUGCACAGAAAUCAUAUGGAAAUGAAAAAAGGUUCUUUUGUCCUCCUCCAUGUGUGUAUCUUAUGGGCAGUGGAUGGAAGAAAAAAAAAGAGCAGAUGGAACGGGAUGGUUGCACUGAGCAAGAGUCACAACCUUGCGCCUUCAUUGGAAUAGGAAACAGCGACCAAGAAAUGCAGCAGCUGAACUUGGAAGGAAAGAAUUAUUGCACUGCCAAAACAUUAUACAUAUCAGACUCAGACAAGAGAAAGCACUUCAUGUUAUCGGUAAAAAUGUUCUAUGGCAAUAGUGACGACAUCGGUGUGUUCCUUAGUAAACGGAUCAAAGUAAUCUCCAAACCUUCUAAAAAGAAACAGUCACUGAAAAAUGCAGACUUAUGUAUUGCAUCAGGGACAAAAGUGGCACUAUUUAAUAGACUCCGAUCCCAAACAGUUAGCACCAGAUAUUUGCACGUAGAAGGUGGUAAUUUCCAUGCCAGUUCGCAACAGUGGGGAGCAUUUUACAUUCACCUCUUGGAUGAUGACGAAUCAGAAGGAGAAGAAUUCACAGUGAGAGAUGGCUACAUUCAUUAUGGGCAGACUGUCAAACUUGUAUGCUCAGUUACUGGCAUGGCACUCCCAAGACUGAUCAUUCGAAAAGUAGAUAAACAAACAGCGUUAUUGGAUGCAGAUGAUCCAGUAUCGCAGCUGCAUAAAUGUGCAUUUUACCUUAAAGACACUGAGAGAAUGUAUUUGUGCCUUUCCCAGGAGAGAAUAAUCCAAUUUCAAGCCACUCCAUGCCCAAAAGAACCAAAUAAAGAAAUGAUUAAUGAUGGAGCUUCUUGGACAAUCAUUAGCACAGAUAAAGCAGAAUACACAUUUUAUGAGGGGAUGGGACCAGUCCAUGCUCCAGUGACACCUGUGCCUGUUGUAGAAAGUCUUCAAUUGAAUGGUGGUGGGGAUGUAGCAAUGUUGGAACUUACAGGACAGAACUUCACUCCAAAUUUACGUGUCUGGUUUGGUGAUGUGGAAGCUGAAACCAUGUACAGGUGCGCAGAGAGCAUGUUAUGUGUUGUUCCAGACAUUUCUGCAUUUCGAGAGGGUUGGAGGUGGGUCCGUCAACCAGUCCAGGUUCCAGUAACUUUGGUCCGUAACGACGGCAUAAUUUACUCCACCAGCCUUACCUUUACAUACACCCCGGAACCAGGGCCACGGCCACACUGCAGUGCUGCUGGAGCAAUCCUCAGAGCCAACUCGAGCCUCAUGGCUUCUAGUGAAACAAAUACAAACAGCGAGGGAAGUUACACAAACGUCAGCACAAAUCCAACCAAUGUCACAUCAUCUACAGCAACUGUAGUUUCCUAACUACUGUUGUUUGUCUGGACUUUAACUGACUUUAAGUGCUACUUUCAGGAGAACGGAACAAUUUUUGUGGUUUCAUGGGAAAAAACCUUUCCAUUUUAGGUGAUUUUAUUUGAACCUUGUUACCUGCAAGUGCUGAUCUUAAAUAUAGAAGCCACAAUAAAAAAACAAACAAACAAACAUCCAAAACAUAAGAACUUUAUUGAAAGUCUAUUUUUCAG